AAAAUACCGUAUCAAGCCGUGGUAUUUCUCACCAUAUCCACAGGAAUAUACAAACUUAGACUGUAUUUAUAUAUGUGAAUUCUGUCUCAAGUAUAGAAAGAGUAGGAAAUGUUUGGAAAGACAUUUGCAAAAAUGCCCCUUCAAGCAUCCACCAGGCAACGAAAUAUAUCGCAAAGGGUCCAUAUCUUUUUUCGAGUUGGAUGGCCGGAAAAACAAAUUGUAUGCGCAAAAUUUGUGCCUUCUAGCAAAGCUUUUCCUAGACCACAAGACGCUGUAUUACGACACAGAUCCUUUCCUCUUUUAUGUUAUGACUGAAUAUGAUAAUCGAGGAUAUCACAUAGUUGGAUACUUCUCAAAGGAAAAGGAAUCUUCAGAAGACUACAAUGUAGCCUGUAUUUUAACCCUUCCACCAUAUCAGAGGAAGGGGUAUGGCAAACUACUUAUUGAAUUUAGUUAUGAAUUAUCCAAAUUUGAAGGUAAAACAGGGUCUCCUGAGAAACCGCUCAGUGAUCUUGGACUACUCUCGUAUAGAUCAUACUGGAAGCAAACAAUAUUAGAGAUUCUCAUUGCCCUAAAGCCACAGGAAGGGCAGGAAAAACCACAACUUACAAUAAAUGAAAUCUGUGAGCAAACCAGCAUAAAAAAGGAAGAUGUGAUAUCUACUCUCACAAACUUAGAAUUAAUCAACUACUACAGAGGGCAGUAUAUAUUAACGCUUAAUAAAGACCUUGUAGAGAACCACAAGAAAGUGAUGGAGAAGAGAAAGAUUAGAAUUGACUCCAAGUUUUUGCACUGGACUCCAAAGGACUGGGCAAAGAGGGGCAAGUGGUAGUCUGCUGUGAUAUAUCUAUUCUUAGGAAAAAAAAAAAAGAAGUAAAUUUUAUAGUACAAAUUGAAAACGAUUAUUUUGUAUCAGUUUAUUAUUUUACGGAGUAUAGCUAAGAGAUUGGAAUUUGAUUGUAUUGUAUAUUUGAAUUUGGUGUAACACGUGUUGAAAAUGGACAAAUUUGCAAGAGGUGAAUUCCCACAAGAUGAACAAGUAAAUGGAAGACAACAGACAAUCUCAGGCUGAUAGUACUUGUAUUUUCAGUUUCUUGUGAUGAAACAAACUCAAAGGGGAAAGUGGCAAAGAAUUGUUUCAGUAUUUUGAGAAAGGGCUUCAGUUGCUUCACACUUUUAUUAUUAGGUCUUGUAAUAUCCUCACCAACAAGCUUUUUAAUUAUUAUCAUUAUUAAUCAUGGAAGAUAGAUAUUGCAGAAAUUAUAAUGAGAUGAUAUAUGCAGGGCCAUUGAUAUUUUCUGUUAGUUAUAUAUGGUGUUUUGCAAUCUGCUCUUACAGAUAACCUAGUCAGUUAUAUAUUCAUU